UUUCACACCUCCAUUUGCCCUCCCCUACACACAGCCACAGCUCGUAUAAAGGCCGAGCCCUUAUAGGCUUGACUGAGGCAGAACUUUAACCCGAGGGGACCACUCGUAAGCCCGGACCUCCUACCAUACCACCGUACACGUCUUCAGCCUCAGAAUGCCUCCCUACGAGAAAUCAAUGGAAUUUAUGCCUUUCAAACAGAGGAAGUGUUUGGAAACAAGAAAAGAUGAAGUCUGCACUAUUCGGUCCAAGUUCCCCAACAAAUUACCGGUAAUCGUAGAGAGAUUCAUUCGGGAGAAAAAGCUUCCUCUCCUGGACAAAACCAAAUUUCUCGUCCCACAUGAGCUCACACUAGGACAGUUCCUCAGUCUGCUCAGAAGUAAGAUAGUGCUGGAGGCCUCUCAAGCUCUAUACCUACUGAUCUCUGGAAAGAACAUGUCUUGUUUGUCAGCGAGCAUGGGGGAGCUUUAUUCACAGUACAGAGACCCUGAUGGCUUCCUUUACCUAACCUAUGCUUCACAGGACAUGUUUGGGUGAAAAGAACCCCCAAAAUCUGACACACAGAUCUCGCCUCACAUACCUCCAGACUGCUGCAUCUCUGAGAUCAUAACUCAAUAUUGCUGCAAGAACUGCAAAACCACACAUUACAGGUUUAUGAAGACAUCACUUCCUGUGAUUUGUUUAAGGCUAGCUUUGAAGAACACCAAACAGGUUACACUGAGCCCUGCAAAGUCAGGAGGGAUGCCACUUCAGAACUACACGUCAAGAUGCUUUCCUUGAGACUCACAGGCAUGUCCCUCAAAAAGAGAGAGGGAGAGGGUUUGUUGGACAGUUGUUUCCUCUCCUUGCUCUUUCUUGUGUCUGCAGAGUGAAAGUCUAAUUUGAUCUGAAAUAGAAAAAGUGCAAAUAACAGACAUGUUUACUUGGCUUCAACUGUGAAAAUCCUCAAUAAAUUAAGUUCUGUUAUUUUAAC